AGAGGGGGGAAUAACGUAACAAAAACAAGAAAAAGGGAUUCGAGAAGCGCUAGACUGACAUGGAAUAAGGAAACACAAUGGCAAACAACAGAAACAGAGCCAAGAGCGACCUUACAAUGGCGGCCCUCUGCCCCAAUAUGAGUUCCAGAUAGCAUCUCAAUCUCCAGUUCUCCCGUGUAAACCCUAAUAUUGCAUCCUGUAUCAUUCGACUUUUACAUAUUUGUAAGGUACGACAUUUGAGAGUGCAAUGGAGGCAUUGACUGAGCUAUGCGACCUGGUGGCACAGAACCCGACGCAAUUCGCCGAUAAACUGGCCUGGAUUUGCGGGAGAUGCCCGCCAUCGGAGUCUCUCCAUUCCCGAUCCCCUAGGGUUUCGCGCUCGCAGCUCAAUGCGGUGCUCGCCGUCGCCCGAUUUCUCUCCAAAUGCCGCGAUCCCCCGGAUCACCAUCCUAACUCCCUCAUCCUUGACUUUCUCCUCUCGAUUCCGGAUUCAUUUCAACGUUCGUUCUGGCCACAGUCGUUUAGUAGCGAUUCUAUCACGGAAUUUUUCGUAGAAUUCUUGGGAUACGUAUCAAAAGCAGCAGAACUAUCACCUGAUUUCGCUGAGGAUAUUGCCGGCUUUGCUGGGGAGGUUGUGAUGGCGGCCAUUAAUUAUGCUGGUGAAGAUUUAACGAUUUCUAGGGUGUUUUUAUCAGCUCUCUCGCAGAAUUCCCUGCCAGUUUUACCGGAAGAUGCAGAUAGAUUGGUGGCCUGUCUUCUGGAUCAAUGCUCUGUUUCAGUGCCGCCCUCGCCUAGAGACCAGAUUGCUGUAAACUCUGAAACGUCCUCGUGUCAGAGCUCUCCACUUCCCAAUGAGAGUGCCAGUCCCAUAAACGAGGUGAGCCAGUCAAGCGGGUCGUCAAAGGGGUCUUCUGUGUCUAAUGGCGGUAGCAUUUUGUGGAAGACUGGAGGGGAUGCAAGUUUUGGUUUUAACGGCGGGGCAGGUGAAGUUGGCGGGGUUUUGUUACGUCAGCAGAUUGCGUCGUUUGAGGAGGAGUCUGUGGAGAACUUGGGAAAACAGGAGUUAGCUUUUAAAUUGAUUGCACACAUAUUGGAUAAAGUAAGAAUUGAUCCCCAACUUUUGGACCAAGUGAGAUUAAUUGUGAAGAAGCAGCUGCAGUCGAUGCCUCCUUUUCUAAGGGUAAAUAUAAGGAAGCGAGACUGGAAUGAACAAGGGCCACUUCUUAAAUCUAGAAUCAAUGCAAAACUAGCAGUUAGUCAGGCUGCAGCCAAAAUGAAAAUCAAAUGUCUUGCAUCCCUUGAAGUAGAUGCUAGAACUUCCAAGAGGUUGGUGCUUGAGACUCUUGCAUUGUUGAUAGAUGUUGCGGAGGCUUGUUUGUUCUCGGGCUGGCGGAAGUUGAGAAUUUGCGAAGAGCUCUUCCGUUCUCUACUCUCAGGGAGUGCAAAAAUUGCUGUCAGUAGAGGAGGUGAACCCCUGCGCAUUUUCCUCAUUCACCUCAAACGUCUUGUGCUAACUUCAUGUUUACCGGCUGAUACAUGGGGUAGCAGCCAGGAGGCCAUGUUUGAGAGUGUCUUGGAUACGUGUUGUGAGAUAGUUGUUUCUGGCUGGACCAGGGACCGAGCCCCACUGGUUACCUUUAUCAAUGGACUAGCUAGUGGUAUUCGUGAACGAAAUGAUUAUGAGGAACAGGUGGAUAAGGAGAAACAGGCAGUUCAGUUUAUGCAGCGUAAUCUUAUCCGUCUGCUUGCUGAACUGAAUGUUGUUGUCAAGAAGCCAGAAGUGGUAGACAUGAUACUGCCACCUUUUAUUGAAAGCUUGGAAGAGGGCGAUGCUUCAAUUCCUAGUUUAUUGCGACUGCGACUUCUUGAUGCUGUAUCUCGUGUGGCAAGUUUAGGAUUUGAGAAGUCAUAUCGUGAAACUGUUGUUCUUAUGACAAGAAAUUAUUUGAGUAGACUAUCCACUGUAGGUUCUGCUGAAAGCAAAACAUUGGCACCAGAAGCCACUAGUGAACGAGUUGAGACACUUCCUGCAGGAUUUCUUCUGAUUGCUAGUGGCCUAACAUGUCCCAAGUUGCGUUCAGACUAUCGUCAGCGUUUAUUGUCUUUGUGCUCAGAUGUAGGCCUGGCUGCUGAGUCAAAAAGUGGAAGAUGUGGGGCGGAUUUUCUGGGACCUCUUCUUCCUGCUGUUGCUGAAAUAUGUUCUGAUUUCAACCCUACUGUAAAUGUGGACUCAUUACUUCAGAAAUUAUUUCGCAACUUGUGGUUCUAUAUUGCGCUUUUUGGCCUAGCACCUCCUAUACAAAAGGUCCAGCCAUCAGCAAAGGCUAUAUCUUCUAACCUAAACAGUAUUGGAAGCAUGGGAACCAUUUCUCUCCAAGCAGUGGGUGGGCCUUACAUGUGGAAUACACAGUGGUCUUCUGCUGUCCAGCGUAUAGCACAAGGGACGCCUCCUCUUGUUGUCAGCACAGUAAAAUGGCUUGAAGAUGAGUUGGAACUCAAUGCACUUCACAACCCUGGCAGUCGUCGAGCUAGUGGUAAUGAGAAAGCUGCUUUAGCCCAAAAAGCUGCGCUUUCUGCCGCUCUUGGAGGGAAAGUAGAUGUUGCAGCAAUGACCACAAUUUCAGGAGUGAAAGCAACUUAUCUUCUUGCUGUAGCUUUUCUGGAGAUAAUACGUUUCAGCAGCAACGGUGGCAUCCUCAAUGGUGAUACUAGUGUGACGGAUUCUAGGAGUGCCUUCAGUUGCGUUUUUGAGUACCUGAAAACUUCAGAUCUUACACCUGCUGUCUUACAUUGUUUGACAGCUAUCGUCCAUAGGUCGUUUGAAACAGCUGUACUGUGGCUGGAGGAUCGAAUAACUGAAACUGGUAAUGAAGCUGAGGUCAGAGAAUCAACUUUGUUUGCACAUGCUUGUUUCCUCAUAAAAAGUAUGUUACAUAGGCAGGAUCUCAUCAGGGAAACCGCUGUGAACUUGCUGACUCAGCUUAGAAGCAGGUUUCCUCAGGUACAGUCUUUUUGCCAAUUUUGUGCUCAUUCAGUGAUUAUUUUCUGCUAUUGUACAACUUGCGCAGUACUACUAAAACAAAUGGGAUUUUUUUUUUUGCAGAUUUUGUGGAAUUCUUCUUGUUUAGAUUCCCUACUUUUUUUGGUUCAUAAUGACGUGUCUUCUGCUGUGAUCAACGAUCCGGCUCGCAUAGCAACAAUUCGGCGUUCGUACGAAAGAAUUGUUCGGGAAUGGAUCAUUUUAUCACUUUCAUAUGCACCAUGUACUAGCCAGGGCCUGCUGCAGGAAAAAAUCUGUAAAGCAAACACAUGGCAACGAGCUCCUAAUACAACGGAUGUGGUUUCGUUGUUAUCUGAGAUACGGAAUGGUACUAGUAAGAAUGAUUGUUGGACAGGUACACGAACAGCAAAUAUUCCCGCAGUCAUGGCUGCUGCAGCUGCAGCAUCUGGAGGAAACUUGGAAUUGACCGAAGCCUUCAAUAUGGAGCUGCUGAGUACUGCAAUAGUCAGUGCAACAGUGAAGUGCAACAUUGCUGGACAAAUUGAUGGAAUGAGGAAAGUUUAUGAUAUUCAAUCAAAUGCUACACCAACAGGUUCUGCGAUUGGUAGUGGCAUUCAAAGGCUGAUUUCGGGAGCAUUUUCUCAGCCAACACAGGCUAAGGAUGAUUCAUUUAAUAAGGUGCUACUUAACAAUUUUGUGCGACUUCUUCAACAAUUUGUUUACACUGCAGAGAAAGGUGGGAAAGUGGAUAAGUCACAGUUUCGUGAAACUUGUUCUCAGGCAACUGCAUUACUUCUCUCGGAUCUGGGUUCUGAUUCAAGGUCGAAUAUAGAAGACUUUGCACAACUUCUGCGCCUCCUUUGCUGGUGUCCCGCUUAUAUUUCUACUCCUGAUGCAAUGGAGACUGGCAUUUUCAUUUGGACUUGGUUAGUUUCUGCUGCACCACAACUGGGUUCUAUAGUCCUUGCUGAGCUUGUUGACGCAUGGUUGUGGACAAUUGAUACAAAACGAGGUCUUUUUGCGUCUGAUGUAAAGUACUCUGGACCUGCUGCGAAACUGAGGCCACACCUUGCUCCUGGGGAACCAGAACCUCAACCUGAAUUUGAUCCCGUCGAACAAAUACUUGCUCAUCGAUUAUGGCUUGGGUUUUUCAUGGAUCGCUUUGAGGUAGUCCGGCACAACAGUGUUGAGCAACUUUUGCUCCUUGCUCGUAUGCUACAAGGGACAACAAACUUUCCAUGGAAAUUUUCUCACCAUCCUGGUGCCACCGGUACCUUUUUAACUGUCAUGCUUCUUGGGCUUAAGUUCUGCUCAUGCCAUUCCCAAGGCAACUUGCAGAAAUUUAAAACAGGGCUUCAAUUGCUUGAAGAUCGCAUUUAUCGGGCCUCUUUAGGUUGGUUUGCUUAUGAACCAGGAUGGUGUGACCUAGAUAAUAUGAAUUCUGCUCAGAGUGAGGCUCAAUCUGUAGCCAUAUUUGUCCAUUAUCUAACAAAUGAUCGAGGAGAUACUUCUCAAUCUGAUUCAAAAGGAUGCGGACGUGAGAACGGAAGUUCUUUGGUUGAUGUGAGUGAUCAAUACCACCCUGUAUGGGGCCAGAUGGAGAACUAUGCAUUGGGAAGAGAAAAGCGGAAGCAGCUACUUUUGAUGCUAUGCCAGCACGAGGCUGAUAGGCUUGAAGUUUGGGCACAACCCACUAACACAAAAGAUGUAUCUUCUCGGCCGAAAAUCAGCCUAGAUAAAUGGGUUGAAUAUGCUAGGACUGCCUUCUCCGUGGAUCCAAGAGUUGCUUUAUCCUUGGCCUCGAGGUUUCCUGCCAAUGCUACUUUGAAGGCUGAAUUAACUAUUCUGGUGCAGACACAUAUAUCGGAAAUCCACAGCGUACCUGAAGCUUUGCCCUAUUUUGUCACUCCCAAGGCAGUAGAUGAAAAUUCAGUGCUUUUGCAACAAUUACCGCAUUGGGCUGCUUGUUCAAUUACACAAGCUCUUGAGUUUCUCACUCCUGCAUAUAAGGGUCAUCCACGUGUCAUGGCAUAUGUUCUUAGGGUUCUGGAGUCAUAUCCUCCAGAAUGGGUAACCUUCUUCAUGCCACAGCUUGUGCAGGCUUUGCGAUAUGAUGAAGGGAGGUUGGUAGAAGGAUACUUGCUUAGAGCAGCUAAACGAAGUGAUAUUUUUGCCCAUAUUCUUAUUUGGCAUCUACAGGGUGAGACCGUACCAGAAUCAGGAAAAGAUGCUGGGAUUGGGAAGAAUAGUUCCUUUCAAGAACAAUUGCCAAUUGUUCGACAACGUAUCAUCGAUGGUUUUAGUUAUACGGCCCUUGACUUGUUUAGAAGAGAAUUUGAUUUCUUUGACAAAGUUACAUCUAUAUCCGGGGUACUCUAUCCACUCCCUAAGGAAGAACGUCGAGCUGGUAUCCGCAGAGAGCUGGAGAAAAUUGAAAUGGAGGGAGAGGAUCUCUAUGUACCAACUGCUCCUAACAAGUUGGUCAGAGGAAUUCAGGUGGACAGUGGUAUACCCUUACAAUCUGCAGCAAAAGUUCCUAUCAUGAUCACAUUUGACGUGGUUGAUAAGGAUGGGGACCAUAAUGAUAUAACACCCCAAGCAUGUAUUUUUAAGGUUGGAGAUGAUUGUCGGCAAGAUGUUCUUGCUCUUCAAGUUAUAUCACUUCUUAGAGACAUAUUUGAAGCUGUUGGACUCAAACUCUAUUUGUUUCCUUAUGGUGUGCUCCCGACUGGCCCAGAGAGAGGUAUAGUUGAGGUUGUGCCCAAUGUGCGUAGCAGAAGUCAGAUGGGCGAAACCACAGAUGGUGGUUUAUUUGAGAUCUUUCAGCAGGAUUAUGGGCCGGUUGGCUCUCCCAGCUUUGAAGCCGCGCGUGAGAACUUUAUCAUCAGUAGUGCUGGUUAUGCAGUUGCCAGUCUUUUGCUUCAGCCAAAGGAUAGACACAAUGGGAAUCUUCUUUUUGACAAUGUGGGGAGGCUUGUUCACAUUGAUUUUGGUUUCAUCUUUGAAAUAUCACCUGGCGGAAACAUGCGCUUUGAGAGUGCGCACUUUAAGCUGAGCCAUGAAAUGACUCAAUUACUUGAUCCCUCUGGGGUAACGAAGAGUGAUACCUGGAACCAAUUUGUAAGCUUGUGUGUGAAAGGGUACCUUGCUGCUCGCCGCUAUAUGGAUGGAAUAGUCAACACAGUUUCGCUCAUGCUAGACAGCGGAUUGCCUUGCUUCGGCAGAGGUGACCCAAUUGGAAAUCUUCGAAAGAGAUUUCAUCCUGAGAUGACUGAACGUGAGGCUGCCAACUUCAUGAUUCGUGUUUGCACUGAUGCAUACAACAAGUGGACAACUGCUGGCUAUGAUCUGAUACAAUAUCUGCAGCAGGGAAUCGAGAAGUAGAAUUUUGGAGCUGGCAUUCUAUGUAGAUGAUCACUUGUAAUUGGAAGUCAUUUUCAUUCCUAUAGGUGCGAUAUCUCUUGAAGGUAAAGAUCGUAGAAAAAGGCACAGUGGAGACUUGGCUUCUUUUUGACCGUGGUGGGGUUGCUGCUGGGUUUGUAAAGGUACAGUUUCAUAUCAAUCUACUAGAAAUCCACGGCUCAUUAAAGGUAUAGAUUUGUAGUCAUUGGAAGUACAAUAAUUUGGUGACAUUUUUUUGACAAUGCAACAGUGAACUGUGUUUGUUUGCAAUCACAGUCACCUAUGGUUGAUGCUGCGGCAGGUAUCUUCUGCAAGAGUUGCUGAUACUAGCUGAGAUGUCGCUCUUGUUAUAUGUAUCCGCAGCUCCAACUAUCUAGAUGGUAAGAUCCGACUUUUACGAAGCGGGUCAGUUUAUAAUUUGAUAAUGAUUGGUUAGGUAACUUAUUCUCUUAAAUUGUAUAGUUGAUGCGGUUAAUGAUACUAUCUUGUCUUGGGUUUUUCCUUUGAAUAGAUUAUUUCCUCUGGUUGGAAAAGAUGCAUUACCAAGUUAAACAAUUCGAUCUAAUUAAAGCCCUAGUUGAAAUCUCAAAACA